GGCGGACAUACGCACGUGGAGCAAGGAAUUAGUAUUGGAGCUUAUUACUUUAUACAGAUCUUUCCCAUGUCUCUGGAAAAUUAAAUCGGUGGAGUACAAAAACAAGAAUUUAGAAGACCAAGCAUAUAAAAAACUUGUCGAGUUUUGUAAAGAAAAAGGUUUUAUUGACGCCAAUCGUGAUUUUGUUGUAAAAAAAAAUGCAAAGUUUAAGGGGCUCGUUCCGAAAGGAAUUGAAAAAAGUUAUAGACAGCCAGCGUAGUGGAAGAGGAACAGAGGGCUUAUACAAAUCUUCCCUCUGGUACUUUGACUAUAUGCUUUUUACUAAGGACCAAGAAAUACCUACCAAUAGCAUAUCAAAUAUUGAUGAAGAUCUAAAGAAUGAGAUUAUAAGUAACGAACAUCUUCAUCACGAUGUUCUUUCGCCUCAGGAAGAAGAAAAUACUGUUGGCGGAAAUGAGCAACAAAAUAAAAUCGCUGAAGCUACUCCGAUUGAAGCGGCGAAACCUCAAAGAAAUAAAAGGAAGGCUACAACCAACUACCAGGCAGAGUUCCAUAAAGUCUGCUCUCAUACAAUUAAAUCCAGUUACAAGGAACUUUCGGAGUUUGAUGUUGCUGGAAUAAAUAUGGCCAAAAAAUUAGCCAAAAUGAAUCCGUUACAGGCCAUUUAUGCGGAAUCUAUAAUAAAUAAUGUUUUACGCAGAGGGUUAUUAAAAAAACUAACAGAUGAUACUGAUAUAUGUGACAAUUUUUGUAACAAGAAUAUUCAAAGAGCAACUGCAACUGCAACAUCCUCACACUCGAGAAGUUCUUAUGAAUCACCAUCCUUGGUAACUCAGUACCUUCCUUCUACCUCUAGUGAAACAAGGGACACAGAAGAAAAUAUAAAUUUAGCUUAA